AUGAAUGAUCACCAAGACUCACUAGUGUACACAGACAAUUUUGAAUUGCAUGACUUCAUUGACGAUCCAAACUUUGAUCAAUUUAUAGAUUUAAUUCGAGGAGAGAAUCAAGAUGCAAUAUGUAACUUUGGUUCUAACCUUAUUAAUGAUUGUUUCAUUGAUAAUCAUCAACCUCUUUCAAUUCCACUAAACCCAUUAUUUGAUUCCAACAACAACAAUAUUUUUAAUAUUGUGAAUGUGUAUGAUCCAAGCUCUUCAACAAUUGGCUCCUUCUCUUGUUAUGAUGAGGAGACUAAGGGAGAAGGAGAAAAUAAUGGUGACGAUUCUCCGGAAACAACAACCACGAACUCGGUCGAUGAUGCCAAAUCUAGGGCUAAAACCGAUAGGUCCAAGACUCUCGUUUCGGAGAGGAGGAGGAGAGGUCGAAUGAAGGAUAAACUUUAUGCAUUGCGAUCUUUAGUUCCCAACAUUACAAAGAUGGAUAAGGCUUCUAUAAUUGGAGAUGCAGUAUCAUAUGUGCAUGAUCUUCAAGCACAAUCUAGGAAGUUGCAGGCUGAGGUUUCAGGGCUUGAAGCAUCUUUAUCCAUGUCUGGAAAUUAUCAAGGAUCAAUUAACAACACCAUGAAUAUUAUUCAAAGCCAUCCCAUUUGCAAGAAAAUUAUCCAGGUGGAGAUGUUUCAAGUGGAGGAAAGAGGUUACUAUGCAAAAAUAGUAUGCAAUAAAGGAGAAGGUGUUGCUGCUUCAUUGUACAAGGCUCUUGAGUCUCUUGUGAAUUUCAAUGUUCAAAGUUCAAACUUAGCUACCGUUUCUGACACUUUUCUACUUACAUUUACAUUGAAUGUGAAAGGUUCUGAACAAGAAAUGAAUCUUCAAAAUUUGAAGCUAUGGGUGGCCGGAGCUCUUUUGAACCAAGGCUUUGAAUUCAUGCCAUCCUUUUGA